CUGGCAGAUGCAGAUCAGUGUAGAAGAAGACGUAUCCGACACCGCACCUUUGACCAAGGCACAGCAUGGCGAUGACUGGCCAGAGCUCCUGUUCCUCGAUGAGUAACCACACCAAGGAGCGGGUCACCAUGGCCAAGAUGACCCUGGAGAACUUCUACAGUAACCUGAUCGCGCAGCACGAAGAGCGUGAGAUGAGGCAACAAAAACUGGAGAAAGUCAUGGAUCAGGAAGGUCUGGCUGAUGAGGAGAAACGUAUCCGACGUUCACAACAUGCGAGGAAAGAAACAGAAUUCCUGCGUCUUAAACGCACUCGGCUGGGAUUGGAGGAUUUUGAGUCGCUGAAGGUGAUUGGUCGAGGCGCAUUUGGAGAGGUGCGCCUGGUCCAGAAGAAAGACACCGGUCACGUCUAUGCAAUGAAGAUCCUUCGCAAGGCUGACAUGCUGGAGAAGGAGCAGGUCGGCCACAUCCGCGCUGAACGGGAUAUCCUGGUGGAGGCGGACAGUCUUUGGGUGGUCAAGAUGUUUUACAGCUUCCAGGACAAGAUGAACCUUUACCUCAUCAUGGAGUUUCUCCCUGGAGGGGACAUGAUGACCCUUCUGAUGAAGAAGGACACUCUGACCGAGGAGGCCACACAGUUCUACAUUGCAGAGACGGUGCUGGCCAUCGACUCCAUCCACCAGCUGGGCUUCAUCCACAGAGACAUCAAACCAGACAACCUACUGCUGGACUCCAGAGGUCACGUGAAGCUGUCUGACUUCGGUCUGUGCACCGGGCUGAAGAGGGCUCACCGAACCGAGUUCUACAAGAACCUGAACCACAGUCUGCCCAGUGACCUCACCUUCCAGAACAUGAACUCCAAGAGGAAAGCAGAAACAUGGAAGAGAAACCGAAGGCAGCUGGCUUUCUCCACCGUCGGGACUCCAGACUACAUUGCUCCCGAGGUCUUCAUGCAGAACGGCUACAACAAGCUGUGCGACUGGUGGAGUCUGGGCGUCAUCAUGUACGAGAUGCUGAUCGGUUACCCUCCCUUCUGCUCUGAGACGCCUCAGGAGACGUACAGGAAGGUGAUGAACUGGCGGGAGACUCUCACCUUCCCUCCAGAGGUGCCCAUAUCAGAGAAGGCCAAAGAUCUCAUCCUCAGGUUCUGCUGUGAGGAGGAGCACCGGAUCGGUGCCGCCGGCGUGGAGGAAAUCAAGUCCAAUCCCUUCUUCGAGGGUGUGGACUACGAUCACAUCAGGGAGCGGCCCGCCGCCAUCCCCAUCGAGAUCAAGAGCAUCGACGACACCUCGCACUUCGAUGAGUUCCCCGAAUCAGACAUCCUCACGCCCUCAGGUGAGCGUCCGCUCCUCCCUGCUGGUGUUUCUGUUGCACGGCAGCUGAUGGGUCGGUGGUGUGCUGCAGCCGCACAGGUGUCCAACCACACGGAGGACCUGAAGAACAAGGACUGGGUCUUCAUCAACUACACCUACAAACGCUUCGAGGGUCUCACCGCCAGAGGGGCCAUCCCGUCCUACAUGAAGUCAGGGAAGAGAUGAAGGCCGCUCCAUCCUGAAGCCCAUCUGAGUGGCCGGGGGUCUCCUCUCCAUCUUCUCUGCUGUAGAGCCGCUGCCUUCAUGUCUGCAGAGCUGCUUUCACUCUGCUGAAGUGGUGACCCACUUCCACUGGCCUUUCACUCUCAUGGGACUUCUCCACAGUGCACACCAGCGCCGUCCCUCCAGGGACCUCCUCUUCUCUCAAGUGCUGCUAGCUGCUUCAGAUGGCACACAACCAAAGAGCGAGUCUGUCUUCAGCUUCUUUUCUCUGCCCAACUUUUUGGAGUGACACUUUGAGAGCGACCUGCACGUGUUUGUUACACGCCACUCGCACCUUAACUGCUGCAUGUGCAGAUUCCAUCUCCAGAAGUCGCGUCGUUCAUAUUUAAUCACAUGUAAAUUAUUCCGAUUCCUCUCUCUUCAAGCUUUACUCAUUUCACUUUCAGCAGGAACGGCGGAGUCAUGGUUAGCUUUAUAUAAGCCAGUGCGAGUUUAGAAAGCGCUUUUUACUCUUGUUUUAAAUGUGGAAUUCUCCUCUUCACAUUCGAUUGCAACUCUUUCCAGGUUUUACAAGAUCCAAAAUGCUGUAGUAGGAAGUGAAUGUACUCGGAUUAUUGUCUGUCGAACUUCAUUCAUCAUAAUUCCAGACGUCACCGUGCAUGAGAGGCUAUUUUAGGGUUCUAACAAUAACUUAAAUUAUUAGAGGUCAGGUUAGACUUCACUUUUCUGGUGGUAGAAUUGUAACAUUUAACCGAAAUUCCAUGGAGCCAGUGGAAAGAAGGAGCAGACAUCCAAAUCGCAAAGACUGUUUUUGUCCCUGGAACAAACCGUCUUCCAUUUUGAAUCAUGAGGUUUUUAUACUGUUGGAUUGAGAGCCUGCUGAGUUCAAGUGUUCGACUCACCAGAGAAACUUUUCUUUGUCUUUCUCGCUAUAUUUUGUUCUGGGAUGAAUUCAAAUAA